GUUUGACGUAUGUCAGUUUUUCUGAUAGCACAAGCACAUAAAAAUGCAACCUUUUUAAACGUAUGAAUAUAAGAUUUACAAACAAAAAUUGAAUUUUACUUUAAGAAAGGAAUAUAAUUAAUCCAAUUUUUGGAACAAAAGAUAAAACAAUGUCUGACAAUGAAUAUGAAGCAUUUGAAAUCACUGACUAUGAUUUGGCAAAUGAAUUCAAUCCCAAUCGUCCACGAAGGAAGUUAACGAAGAAUCAACAAAUUUAUGGAAUAUGGGCUGAUAGCGAUAGUGACGCUGAUAGCGAUGUUGAAAUGUCCGCACGUCGUCGGCGUCGUGGUGCUAGUAAAUCCCGUAGUUCAGGGCCGGUGAAUUUUGUAACUGGCGGUAUCCAACAGUCGGGUAGUUUAAAGAAAGACAAACUCAGCCAGGAUGACGAUAAUCAAAUCACUGAUGAAGAAGAGGAAGAUUCUUCACAUCGUCGAGCAGUACAGGGCAACGAUGCGCCCGAUAAAUCUUCGAAUUCCUCGUCUGAAGAGGAAGCUGGUAGUUCGACACGAAUGGGAUUUGGGAUGAAGCCACGUCAGCCUGCUCCGAGCAGUAAGCCUGUUGGAGCGUGGGAACAACACACAAAGGGAAUUGGAGCAAAAUUAUUGCUCCAGAUGGGUUACAAACCAGGCAUGGGCUUGGGCAAAGACCUACAAGGUAUAGCACAACCAGUGCAGGCAACAUUGCGGAAAGGACGAGGAGCGAUCGGCGCUUAUGGGCCGGAAACCCCACAAACUAUUGGGGAUCCUGGUCUGAGCAAACAGAUAGACAACGAAAACUCCAAAGAAUACAAUAAAGACAAAUUGAAUAAGUGGAAGAAGGGUGAUAGCAAGAAAGACACUCGCAAAAAUCAAUACAAUUAUCGCUCCGUCGAGGAAGUCAUCGAGAAGGCCAAGAAGCAUCCGUGUGGUAUCUUGCCGGAUAAGUUGAGUAAGAAACUAGGCAAUGUGCCCGUGAUCGACAUGACUGGGCCCGAAAAACGAGUCCUGAGUGGAUACCACGCCAUCGGACAAACAAAGGUCAUUGAUGAAGACCUCUAUGACCCUCAAAGCCAAAAGAAGCCAACCGGAUUUGAACUGCCCGAGUUGACACACAAUUUGAAUCUGAUUGUCAACCAAUGUGAGCAGGAAAUCAUUUCAUUAGAUAUUCAAGGCAGAGAGGCAAGGGAAAGAUACAAAGCUCUUGAGCACGAAAAGAAAAAUCUUGAAAAAGUAGUUCAAAUGGAGGAGGAUCACAUAGACACUCUGGAGAAGGCUUUGGCUCUGGUUGAGGAGCUCAGCUCCGACUCAGGUGAUCUGACUUUGGCCAGAGCAGAAAAGAUUUUUAUUGAGCUGCAACGAGACUUCCCUGCCGAGUACAAGGAAUUCGCAUUGGGCGAUCUUGCUGCUGGAGUGAUUGCACCUCUGGUCAAUAUAGAACUGAAAUCCUGGAAUCCUCUGGAAGAACCACUUCGAUACAUAGACACAGUUAAGAAAUGGAAAACCAUUCUCGAUAUGCAUCCUUCAGGGCAGCGAAACAACGUUUUUGAUCCGUAUUCCUCGCUGGUCUGGGCUGGGGUUAUUCCCAGCUUCAGAGCUUCGGUAGCCAACUGGAACCCCAAAAUGCACCAGAGGAUGGCAGCCCUGCUCGACUCUUGGGCUCCACUCUUUCCAACUUGGGUGCUGGACAAUGUUCUCGAGCAAUUAAUUCUACCACAAUUAGUUGCUGGGGUCAACGAAUGGGACCCACUAACAGACACCAUUCCCAUUCAUAUUUGGAUUAUUCCCUGGAAUACGAUUUUGGGGCACAAAAUGGAAGAGCACAUCUUCCCGACCAUACGAGAGAAGUUAGGAUUCGCUUUGCAGGCGUGGACUCCGCAAGACAGAUCGGCUCGAGCAAUGAUCACUCCAUGGAAGGGCGCAUUUGACGAAGGAGAAAUGCAGGCCUUCAUGCUGAAGCAUAUCAUUCCAAAGCUGCAGAUGUCUUUAAAUGAUUUGAUAAUAAAUCCGCUUCAGCAGGAUUUGGAACUCUGGAAUCAAGUAUGGGAAUGGAAAGAACUCAUUCCACCUCUCCUUAUGGGUCAAAUGCUUGACAAAUUCUUUUUUCCCAAAUGGAUGCAAGUUCUGGUUCUUUGGCUUAACCAGUCGCCGGACUUUGAUCAAAUCUCAAGAUGGUACACCGGAUGGAAAUCAGUUUUCGGUGAAGAGAUAGUGAAAUUGCCAAUGAUCAAGGAACACCUGCGACGUGCUCUGGAAAUGAUGCACAGAGCCACAGAAACAAUCGCCCCACCUCAACCAGUUCCCACGCCAGUAGGACCACCUCACCAUUCAACAUCAUCAUCGUCGGCAUCAACAAGUUCUGCUGCUAAUCUAAACCCUCCAGCACUUAUGGAUCUUCAAAUAGCUCCUCCUGUUCAGUUGGAAUUCAAGGAAUUAGUUUCACAGAAAUGUGCAGAACGUGGUAUUAUUUUUGCACCAAUGCCAGGUCGAAGGGAAUUCGGAAAGCAGGUGUAUCGAGUUGGGAAAUUAUUUUGCUAUAUCGAUCGGAAUGUUGUCAUGUUAAGCGACGGAAGUUUGAAAAAUUGGACCCCAACAUCAUUGGGCCUGACCAUAGAAAGAGCUGUAUCGGGAUAAAAUGAAUAACCUCCAGAUUGAAUUUGUGUAUUGUUUGUUUUUUCUUAUUUAUGUUCAAUAAAGAAAUAACUAUUUUCUUGCGU